CAUUAUUCUACCCACCUCCUCACCCACAAACCUGUCAAGUUCCUCAGCUUCUCCAUUCUUGGCUCUUUUGAGGAUAACCAGCCAUGUCUCGUCAGUCGGUCUGCAGGAGCUUUGGAGGGGGGAGCAGAAGGGGCUUUAGCUCCUGCUCUGCAAUCGGUGGUGGCUUUGGAGGCGGCAGCCGGAGCAGGAGCAGCUACAGCUCAUACUCUGUGUCCAGGGGCUUCGGAGGUGGAGGACGGUGUGGGGGCUUCGGCAGCCGGAGCCUCCACAACAUGGGAGGCAGUGCCAGGAUGUCCAUGGCUGGGUGCUAUGGUGGCGGAUAUGGCGGCAGGAUGGGUGGCUUUGGCGGGAGCUAUGGGGGUCUUGGUAGCUUUGGGGGCGGAAUGGGUGGAGGAGGAGGAGGAAUGUGUGGCUUUGGAGGAAUGGGUGGAGGUGGAAUGGGUGGUGGAGGAGGAAUGGGUGGCUUCAGUGGAGGAAUGGGUGGCUUUGGUAGUGGGAUGGGUGGUGGAGGAAUGGGUGGCUUUGGUGGCCCAGGCUUUGGCAUGGGUGGCCCUGGGAGAGGUGGCCCUGGGAUCCAGCCAGUGCAGAUUGACACAACUCUCCUGCGCCCGGUCCAUGUCGAGAUUGAUCCCCAGAUCCAACAAGUUAAAAACCAGGAGAAGGAGCAGAUCAAGACCCUGAACAACCAGUUUGCCUCCUUCAUCGACAAGGUCCGAUUCCUGGAGCAGCAGAACAAGGUGCUCUCCACCAAGUGGGAGCUGCUUCAGCAGCAAGGCCCAUCAGGGCCGAGGAAGAAUCUGGAUGUGAUCUUUGAGAAUUAUAUCCAGAACCUGCGGAGGCAGCUGGAAUCAAUUGUGGCACAGCGGGGCCAGCUGGAGUCGGAGCUGCAGAACAUGCAGCAGUACGUCGAGGAUUACAAAACCAAGUAUGAGGAAGAGAUCAACCGGCGCACGACAGCCGAGAAUGAGUUUGUGGUGCUGAAGAAGGAUGUGGAUAGUGCCUACAUGACCAAAGUUGAGCUGGAAGCCAAGGUGGGAGCUUUGACAGAUGAAAUCAACUUCCUCAGGUGCAUCUACGAGGAGGAGCUGUCUCAGAUGCAGACAAUCAGCCGGGACCUGUCUGUGGUGGUGUCCAUGGACAACAACCGGCACCUGGACCUGGACAGCAUCAUUGAGGAAGUCCGGCGCCAGUACGAGCAGAUCGCCCAGAGCAGCCGGGCUGAGGCCGAGGCCUGGUACCAGAGCCAGUACGAGCAGCUCCAGAGUACGGCUGGCCGGCAUGGGGACAACCUCCGCAACACCAAGAUUGAAAUCCAGGAGCUGACCAGGAACAUUCAGAGACUGCGGGCUGAGAUUGAGAAUGUGAAGAAGCAGGUAGGACAGCUGCAGGCAGCCAUUGCUGAGGCUGAGGAGAGGGGAGAGAUGGCCCUCAAAGAUGCCAGGUUAAAGCUGGAGGAGUUGGAGAGUGCCCUGCAGAAGGACAAGGAGGAGCUUGCUCGCCUCCUGAAGGAGUACCAGGAGCUGCUGAAUGUCAAGAUUGCGCUGGAUGUUGAGAUUGCCAUGUACAGGAAGCUGCUGGAGGGGGAGGAGAACAGACUGGGUAAUGGAAACAUAACCUGUGCUUCUCUUCCAGCUGUGGUGGGGAGGACGACUGUCUCUGGAGGCAGAGGAGGCAUGGGAGGAGGAUUCGGAGGCAGCGGCAUGGGAGGAGGAUUUGGAGGCGGCAGCUGUGGAAUGGGAGGAGGAUUUGGAGGCGGCAGCAGCAUGGGAGGAGGAAUGGGAGGAGGCGGCAUCUGCGGAGGAGGCAGCAGCUUUGGAGGAGGCAGCAUGGGUGGCAGCUGUGGGAUGGGGGGAGGAAUGUAUGUUGGGGGCUUCUCCUCUGGAAGCGGAAGGAUGUGCGGCUCUGGCGGGGCAUCCUCCUCCGUGCGGAGAUGCGUCACUACCACCUCGGUGAAAUCUUCGGGAGUGAGAUUCUGAGCCCCGAAGAUUGACAAGGAAAGAAGCACCUCCUCUCUCCUCCUGACAGCAGCCCAGCCUCCUGAAGCCCAGCUCUGUUGUCCUGCAAUGGGAUGAACUGUGUCCCUUCCACCCAGCUCAUCCCAGUUCCUGGUCCCUCCCGGGGGUUUGGUGGUGAUGCCAUGGGUGUCCUGGCACUGGGAGCUGCCUGGCAGGAGGGGCUGCUCUGCCUUCCUUGCUGUGUUGUACAUUUCUUUUGGCAAAUGUGUAUAAAACUCCUCUUCCCUCCUCUUCCCUCCUUUUCUGUGUCCCUGGGGUGCUUCUGUAUGUAUCCAUCCUGCCAUUC